AUGGUUAAACCAGUAAAUGAGGUUUAUUCACAAGUUUUCGGAUUCAUUUCUUUAUCUUGCUGGAUCGUGGUUAUAACUCCUCAACUUUAUGAAAACUAUAAACGAAAAUCGGGCAGCUCAAUAUCAUUAGCUUUAAUAUGCACAUGGAUCAUGGGUGAUUUGUGUGAUUUCACCGGUGCUAUUUUACAAAACUUAUUGCUAACGACGAUUCUCAUAGCUCUCUAUCACAGCGUGGUUGAUAUCGCUCUGUUAUUGCAAAUUUGCUAUUAUCGCUUCCGUAAAGUGCCUAUAAGUAGCAAUGAAUCAAAUGAAUCAACUGAGGAAUUAGCUGCUUCAAAACCUUCACAAAAAUCCGUACGUCGAUCAAGGUUUAACGAAUUCAUAAAAAUUUUUUCAGGAUUCAUAAUUAUCUGCUUGGCUGGAGGUAUUGCAUAUUAUUUCUCUUCUCGAUCUCAAGGGGCCGAAGAAGAUAGUCAAAAUGUCGAUCAAGAUAUUAAAUUGCUACCUCAAAUCUUUGGAUGGACUGCGGCCAUGUUUUAUUGUAAAAAAAGUUUCUUUUUUUCUCUCCCUUUAGUUGUAAUUGUGCGAGCCAUUCAUUUAUUAUAG